AUGUCGUUUCUCCUUAAUCUAUUCAAUCACGGAGAGAGUAGCAAAGCUUAUGAUCAAAUAUAUGGUGAUAAUUAUCAAAACUACGGAUAUGAUCAACCGCAACCCCAUCACAAAGCAUCAUGGACACAUGAACUUAUAGGCGGCGCAGCCGGUUUUGCAGCUAUGAAAGCGUACGAAGAUCAUUGUCGCCGCGAAGGUCAACAUGUAUCUCACGCCUUCAUGAAAGAGAUGCUGGCAGGUUUUGCAGCUGCCGAAGUUGACAAACUAUUUGAAACGAAAGGUUUAGACUUUCUCGAUCGAGAAAAAGCUAAACGGCAUGCAAUUGAGCAAGCACAUCAUCUUGCCAAUGAACGAUACGGACAAGGUGGAACUUUUAAUUAUCAAAAUGACCCGUAUGGACCCGGCCCAAAUCAGUAUGGUCCAGGUCCAAAUCAAUAUGGACCCGGGCCUAAUCAAUAUGGUCCAGGUCCAAAUCAAUACGGGCCCGGGCCUAAUCAAUACGGACCCGGACCUAAUCAGUAUGGUCCAGGUCCAAAUCAAUACGGUCCCGGACCUAAUCAGUAUGGUCCAGGUCCAAAUCAAUACGGUCCCGGACCUAAUCAGUAUGGUCCAGGUCCGAAUCAGUACGGAAUGGGACCUAAUCAGUAUGGACCCGGACCCAAUUUUUAUCAGCAACAGGGAGGACCGAACUACCAAUAA